AUGUACCCCGUCAUCAUAACGCCGGAUGACGUAGCUGAGGCGGUCCGUAGGGCCCCGAACUGGAAAAGUCCGGGACUCGACAGACUGCAUCACUACUGGCUGAAGGGGUUCGUGGUGUGUCACGCUGUUCUCGCCCGACAGUUUCAAGAGGCUCUCGACCAAAAGUCGCUCCCGAGCCUCUUCACUACUGGGAUCACUCAUCUGGUUCCUAAAGACCGAGAUUCCACAGACCCGAGCAAAUACCGCCCCAUAACGUGUCUACCUACCAUAUACAAGACACUCACAUCCAUUUUGAGCGCGAGAAUCACUCGUCACCUGAACUCAAAUCAGGUGAUGUCGUGCGCUCAAAAUGGAUGUCGGGAUGGUGGUCGUGGAACCAAGGAACCACUCCUCAUUGACGCGGUCAUUGGAAAGGUGGUUAAACGCAACCGUCGGAACCUCUUCGCCGCCUGGAUAGACUACAAAAAGGCAUUCAACUCGGUGCCUCAUACAUAG